CUCUGCGGGCAUCCUGCUUCCGCCGUCCCGGGGCGCCGUGGUGAGUCCGGGGGGCCCAGCCCCGAGGGUGCCCUCUGCACCCACGCUGGAGGACCGGGAGGCCGUCAGGGGCUAUGAUGAGAUGAGCGGGGGCCGCUUCGACUUUGACGAUGGCGGGGCGUACUGCGGGGGCUGGGAGGGGGGCAAGGCCCACGGGCACGGACUGUGCACGGGCCCUAAGGGCCAGGGCGAAUACUCGGGCUCCUGGAACUUUGGCUUUGAAGUGGCAGGCGUCUAUACCUGGCCCAGCGGAAACACCUUUGAGGGCUACUGGAGCCAGGGCAAACGACAUGGGCUGGGCAUAGAGACCAAGGGGCGCUGGCUCUACAAGGGCGAGUGGACACAUGGCUUCAAGGGACGCUAUGGAAUCCGGCAGAGCACCAGCAGCGGUGCCAAGUAUGAGGGCACUUGGAACAAUGGCCUGCAGGAUGGCUAUGGCACCGAGACCUACGCAGAUGGAGGGACAUACCAAGGCCAGUUCACCAACGGCAUGCGCCACGGCUACGGGGUGCGCCAGAGCGUGCCCUACGGGAUGGCGGUGGUGGUGCGCUCGCCGCUGCGCACGUCGCUGUCGUCCCUGCGCAGCGAGCACAGCAACGGCACGGUGGCCCCGGACUCGCCCGCCUCGCCGGCCUCCGACGGCCCGACGCUGCCCUCGCCCGCCAUCCCGCGCGGCGGCUUCGCGCUCAGCCUGCUGGCCAACGCCGACGCGGCCGCGCGGGCGCCCAAGGGCGGCGGCCUGUUCCAGCGGGGCGCGCUGCUGGGCAAGCUGCGGCGCACCGAGUCGCGCACGUCCCUGGGCAGCCAGCGCAGCCGCGUCAGCUUCCUCAAGAGCGACCUCAGCUCGGGCGCCAGCGACGCCGCCUCCACCGCCAGCCUGGGCGAGGGCGCCGAGGGCGCCGACGAGGCCGCGCCCUUCGAGGCCGACAUCGACGCCACCACCACCGAGACCUACAUGGGCGAGUGGAAGAAUGACAAGCGCUCGGGCUUCGGCGUGAGCGAGCGCUCCAGCGGCCUCCGCUACGAGGGCGAGUGGCUGGACAACCUGCGCCACGGCUACGGCUGCACCACGCUGCCCGACGGCCACCGCGAGGAGGGCAAGUACCGCCACAACGUGCUGGUCAAGGGCACCAAGCGCCGCGUGCUGCCGCUCAAGAGCAACAAGGUCCGCCAGAAGGUGGAGCACAGUGUGGAGGGCGCCCAGCGCGCCGCCGCCAUCGCGCGCCAGAAGGCCGAGAUCGCCGCCUCCAGGACAAGCCACGCCAAGGCCAAAGCUGAAGCUUCAGAACAGGCCGCCCUGGCCGCCAACCAGGAGUCCAACAUUGCCCGCACUUUAGCCAGGGAGCUGGCUCCGGACUUCUACCAGCCAGGUCCUGAAUACCAGAAGCGCCGGCUGCUCCAGGAGAUCCUGGAGAACUCGGAGAGCCUGCUGGAGCCCCCCGAGCGGGGCGCCGCGGGCCUCCCGGAGCGACCCCGCGAGAGCCCACAGCUGCACGAGCGCGAGACCCCUCGGCCCCAGGGUGGGCCCCCGUCGCCGGCCGGGACGCCCCCGCAGCCCAAGCGGCCCCGGCCCGGGGCGUCCAAGGACGGCCUGCUGGGCCCGGGCGCCUGGAACGGUGAGCCCGGCGGCGAGGGCAGCCGGCCGGCCACGCCGUCCGAGGGCGCGGGUCGCCGCAGCCCGGCGCGCCCGGCCACCGAGCACAUGGCCAUCGAGGCACUGCAGGCGCCGCCCGCGUCGCCGCCGCCCACGCCGUCGCAGGAGCCCGAGGUGGCGCUUUACCGGGGCUACCACAGCUACGCUGUGCGCACCGCGCCGCCUGCGCCGCCGCCCUUCGAGGAUGAGCCCGAGCCGGACUCCGCGCCCUCGUCUCCGUCUACCGCGCCCUCGUCCCCGGCCACCGCGCCCUCGUCCCCGGCCACUGCCCCGAUGCAGGCCCCCGCGCUCCGAGGCCCCGCGCCCGGGAGCCCCGCCAAGCUGGAGCCCAAGCCCAUCGUCCCCAAAGCUGAGCCCAAGGCCAAGGCCCGCAAGACCGAGGCCCGUGGGCUGACCAAGGCCGGGGCCAAGAAGAAGGCACGGAAGGAGGCAGCGCUGGCGGCAGAGGCUGAGGUGGAGGUGGAGGAGGUCCCCAACACGGUCCUCAUCUGCAUGGUGAUCCUGCUUAACAUCGGCCUGGCCAUCCUCUUCGUGCACCUCCUGACCUGA